AUGAUGAAAAUGGAGAUGCAACGUCAACUAGCAGCUGCUGGUCGCAUCCCGAUGAUGCCGUUCAUGGAUCAACGAAUGGCAGCAGCAGCCGCCGCUAGCGGCCUUCAAUUUAUGCCACAACAGCCUACUGAUAUGCAACGAUUCCAAAUGGAAAUGAUGCAAGCGCAGCAGAUGGCUGGCGCCAUGAGUGGCGCAAUGGCCCCUCCACAGGGCCUGGCCAGUCCUGAACUCCAGGCUUUAAUGAUGCAGAUGAUGAUGGCCAACCAAAUGAGCAUGAAUCAAAUGGCACCACCAUCAAUGCAGGCCCCGAACGCAAUGUCCGCGGGCCUGCCUCCGAAUCUAGGGCUCCAUCCAGCCCUCAUUCCCUCCUCGCAGGCGAACGGCCUUAUGGCUAGUUCGGAUAUGAUGCGAAGACUACAACAAGAGGGCUUUCCCAUGCGUCCGCAAUAA